AGACCCCGAGGCUGACCCGCGCUCGGCGCCCCGGGCCCCCCGCGCCGCGCCAUGGCCCAGCAGAGAGCCCUGCCCCAGAGCAAGGAGACGCUGCUGCAGUCCUACAACAAGCGGCUCAAAGAUGACAUCAAGUCCAUCAUGGACAACUUCACCGAGAUCAUCAAGACCGCCAAGAUUGAGGAAGAGACACAGGUGUCGAGGGCCACUCAGGGCGAACAGGACAAUUACGAGAUGCACGUGCGAGCUGCCAACAUCGUCCGAGCUGGCGAGUCCCUGAUGAAGCUGGUGUCUGACCUCAAGCAGUUCCUGAUCCUCAACGACUUCCCGUCGGUGAACGAGGCCAUCGACCAGCGCAACCAGCAGCUGCGCGCCCUGCAGGAGGAAUGCGACCGCAAGCUCGUCACCCUGCGGGACGAGGUCUCCAUCGACCUGUACGAGCUCGAGGAGGAGUACUACUCGUCCAGGUACAAAUAGGGCUGGACUCCCUGCCCACCCGCGCCUGCCCGGCGGGGCAGGGCCACCCGGGCCUGGAAGGUGCUUCUGUUUCUCAGACCCUUCCUGGUCUUGGCAGCAAAGCUGAUGCUGAUUCCUGGGCUCCAGAGCGUUUGAUGGACAGACAGUGCACAGCCGCCACCAGGCUGAGCCUUGCCCUCUGCAGGGGGGUGAAAGUCAUAGGACAUCGGGUGUGGAGGAGGCUGAGUCUGGAGAAUGGUGCCCCCAGGACAGGAGAGCUCUCCUCCAGGCAGAACUUUCUGGGCCUUGAUUCUGGAUCUUGAAUCCGUCCCCAGGUGUUCAGGCCCGGGCCACACCCCUGUCUAGGAUACUGCUGCGUGCCCAGGGAGGCAAUACCGUGUACAUGUGGCCAAACCCCAUGGUGUGGAUGAGGGGCAGCCCCGGGGGGAGGACAUAGGGUGUCUGGAUGCUGGUGUGGGCCCCCCUCUGUUGGCACUGGGUGCCCGCAGUACAGCUCUCACAGGGCCACUUAAAAUCCCGAGGCAAGGACGGAGCCGGAGGGGUCUGGGAAACAGAGGCCUUACACCCUUCCCCGACAGCCUUGAAAGUGUCAGUUGUGGAGUCCAGCCCCUCCCCCCUCGGGGCAGACGGGAGGUUUUCCUUUCUGACUCACAGAGGCCACACCAGCGGGCUGCAGACAUCCAGAAUGGACUGUGGUCUGGGGCUUUGUUUCCUUGCACUGGGCUUAGCAUCACUGCCCAGCUAGAGCAGUUCUAGGUGUUUCUCAGGGCUCUGGGGCUGUCAUUGGUGCCUGGAAAUGCGCCGGCUCUGUGCAGCACCGCCUGCACCCCGGGGUAUCACCUGCUGUCCUCUAGGCAGCCACUGCCCCAAGGGCACCCAGGGCACAGCAAGUCCCGCCCUAGCCCUUGCCUUGAGGGGCUGAGGGCCCCAAGGAGUUGGGGACAGUCGUAAGGUUGUGCACCAGAGCUGGGGUGGGAACCCAAAGGCCCCAGCGUCAGUCUUUCCCCCUUGGUCCCUCUCUUCCUCUAGCGGGACCAGUCUGUCCCAUCUACCCCAGCUCCCUCUCCCACAGACCCUGGGGAGAAGCCACUGCCCUUUUUGCCUGUGGACUCCCUUAAGCCUUCAGGGCCAGAGCUGGCUGGUUUGAUCUCCUCCCUGCCUUGGCUGCCCCUGCCUGCACUGUCCACUCCUGCUUCUCUUUCUGCCUCUCCUUUCCAUUCUCCUGUGCUCGGGUGCUGCUGAGAAUGAGCAUGGAGAGCAGGCCAGGGGGAAGUGGUUAGACACCGGGGACGGCCUGCGGCCAGGCCGAGCUCCUUGCCUGCAUCCUCUCUGGCCCUCUACGGGAGGAAGAAAUGGAGUGCAUGGAGUCUGGGGGAGGGUGGGGGUGUCACAAAGCCAGAGGGGCGGUACAGGGAGGUGCCAGGGCCUGGGUUUCUAUCACACCCCCCCCCCCCAGGAAAGGACCCAGCAGUAAGAGAGGGUCUCUGAAUGGGGGUGUGCGUGGGGGUAACCUCUGCAAAGGUUCAUGGCCACCUCAGCUGGUGAGGGGUUAGUGCCGGGUUGGGGUAGGACAAGGAGAGCCCGAAGGGACUUGGAGAGGCCCGAACUGGCAUCCAGCAAGAACACCAGCUUGGUCCCUGGGAGGACUUGCCAGGGCCACACAGCCCGUUAGAGGGCGGCCCCCACGGCCCCUCCCUGCCAGGAAUGCUUGAAAGGGCCUGGCACCCAGGAGAGGAAGGGGAGGCAGCCCAGGUGGUGGUGGUUUCUUAACUCUGCUUCCGUCUUGCUUUCCCCUCCCUGCUUCCCUCUGUCUGCUCCUGUCCCUCCCGGGGUUUCUGGUGGUGGAAAAGCUCCAGUCUUUGCGAAGCUAAUGACCUGCCUCUAUGUGAAGCUUACUGGAGGCUGGACCUCGACACCGACUCUGCUGAUGGCCUCCCAGCCCCUCUUCUGGCGUCCCCGGAGCCGGGCCCUGGCUCCCUGCCGGCUGCAGCCCCCUCCCACUCCCAUGCUGGUGGCCCUGGCCCCACAGAGCACACCUGAGCCUCCAGUAUCAGGAGCGAAAUCCUGGGCUCCCUCUUGAGCUUGCUCACCACAGCCCAUCUCGUGUCAGCCUUGGACCCCCUGGAGGCCCCAGAGUCCAGGAGCUGCUGUGCCUUAGGAAGCUGACCAGGCUCCGCCCCUAGGACAGUUAAGGAAAGUGGUUAGAGCCAUUCUGGAAUGGCCCAUUAUCUCUAGCCUCUGCCCCCAGGUCACGGGGCGGAAAGAAGUUUGUCCCAUUGAGCUCCGUGCCAUCAGGAGUCUGCUUGCAGUGGGGACAGUCACGUGUUACCAAGUCCAUUCCCAUGUUGGCGAGGGCUACUGCCUCUUGCCGAAAGCACCAAUGUCCAUGCCACGGGCUGACCACCCUGUGGGAGAUGGGUGGCACACUCCCACGGAAGCCAGCUGGGGCUUACUGACUAAUGUUGCCAUAUCCAUUCUACUUUUGUCAUGAGACUUUAAUAAAAAAAACAACCCCCUUGCCAGGCACUGGUGGCUCACACCUGUAAUCUAGCUACGCAGGAGGCCGAGCUCCAAGGAUCGCAGUUCAUAGCCAGCCAGGGCUGGCAGGCCUGUG